AUAUUCAUGAGCCAAGCCUUCAAGAGCGCGCCAGGUUUAAAUAAACUCAAGUCAAAACAGCAUUGCGCGUCUGAACGCGUCGUGUGAGUUAUCAGGGUUUAGUUUGUGUUAUGUGAUGUUCAUGGAGCCCGUUUUCGGCCAAGAAGGAGAUAAAACAACAAUGGAGAAGGAAGUUUCCAAUUUCAAAUCCAUCAGGGCAAAGUUUCAAGAGGAGAUCUUGGCUAAAAGCAGACCCAUGCUUCCCGAGAAACCCAAACGCCUCCCAACAGCAUCUUUCGGCCGCUCGGGUUUAUUUACCAUAACCUCCAGUCCAGCUCUGGAGACCAAGACCCCCGGCCUACCUCGAGUCAUUUUCCGAGAAGACCAGCAAGUUCCUUCAGGAAAACGGCCUCUAUCAUUUCCGAGCUUUGCUCACACGACACCUGAAGAUGGCGGAAACAGGCAUUCGCUUAAAGUCCGACAUUUGCCCCUCGUGUUGCCGAUUUCAACCGAGCCGAAGCGCGAUACCGCCGCUCCGAUCACCUCGCCUCUCAAAUGCGUCAAGAACCCAAUGCCUGCACCAUUCAAGCCAAGCAAAAUGUCACUAUGUGGUAAAGAGACUGUUAAACACGGGCUGGAGCUCAUGCAGAGCGGCACUUCUCAUGUUCACACCGAAGAGUCCGCUGUUAAGGCCGUGAACACAGAACACGUGGAGAUCCACCAGACGUGGGUGUCAAACCCUGGCUCGCGGUGUCCCAGUCCACAGCACCCGUCUACGUCUUCACCUUCCGAAACAUUGACAGAUUCGUCUACUAGCAGUGUCACCCAGUUCUUCGACCAGCAUGUGUUCAGCACGCUCGAGAAAGCCAAGAAGAAGCUCUCUCAAAAGAACCUGCUGGUGUGUGGCAGACCAAAGAGCUUCUACCCUAAUAAAGGCGUAACAUCCACCGGAAGUCCUCCGUCUCCUACUGAAUCUGAGCGCUCUCAUCCCGAGACUGUGUUUCCUGCGCGGGCCAGAUGUCCCUUUAACGGUGUCCCUGUUUAUGCAUCCACGUCUCCAUUUCGGGUUAAUAAAACAUCACCAAGUGCCGUCACUCAUAUAAGGCUGAAUGGAGUCGCACAGCUAGAAAAGGAUCAUUCUCAAGUACGCAAACCUCUGCCUGACCUGGCAACCCUGGGGCCUUCGCCAUUAAAGCCACCUAGACCUCCGCAUGUCAAUCUCAGCAGAUGUAAAACUCGAGGUCACUCCAUCGACUCAAGUGAAAAACACAGCAAUGAACGUGAACCUGAGAUUCUGGCCAGCAGAAAUGCAUCGAUUGAGGGUGCGACCGUGCCACCCCCUGAAUUUCCAGAUUUUGAUAGUUUUGCCGCAGAAGCCAAAGAGAGUAAUGCCAUGAACAUAGCAGCUCUGGAAUUAGAGGCGACAGAAUUUCCAGAGUCGGGUUCUUUGCCUCCGCCACCUCUGCCGGAUGAAGUCGAUGGCGUGCGCUUUCAGGCUCCGCUGGUGCAACGUAGUCCAAGUCGUGAUGGUUCACAGAACAUGUGGUCAGGAGAGGUCCACACCGGAUCUUUAGAGGAGAAGAGAAACGUAAAGAUCUUGUCAUCGGUCGCCCCUUCAGAGCCAGUGAGUGCAGAUGUCGGAGUGAAUGGAUCACACGUCUCAAAUCACUCCAGCGGUGAACAGCAACUUCCAUCAGAAUCUAACUCUUCUCAGCAGGAGCAUAUCCACGAAACCUGUGAUAAUGUCUAUGAGGAUGUGGAGUCGGUCCCCAAAUUCCCUUUCUCUCAAAACUCCAGGAAGCGUAAAGGACCUCCAAAAAACCCGUACGCUGAUAAUGGCCAUGUGAAAGAGGAGGUGCGGAGAAAUAUGUGGCAUGUCACUCCGUGGUCCAGUUCUGAAGAUCAAAAUGGCCCAACACAACAUGACGGGAAAGAGCAACUAAGCCCUGAACACUACGAUGAGAAAGAGCAGAAGAAGAAAGAAAAGCAACGUCUGGAAAGGGAGAAGAAAGAACAAAAAGAGAAACAGAAAAAGAGGAAUGAGAUGCACAAGAAAUUUAAAAUCACCGGACUGGAGGAGCCCAUGUAUCACGCCAGAGUUCUCGUGGCCAGCAAACUGCGUAAACACGACCUGUCCGUCAAGAGCGGAGACGUCAUCAGCAUCAUCCGAACUGUCAGCUGCCCCAAAGGAAAGUGGCUAGCCAGAGACGCCAACAACAAAUAUGGCUACAUAUCUGUAAUGAAUGUGGAGUUGAACAUUAAAGAGAUGCUGGAGCUCGGGAAAAGAGCGUCACAGGCCGCUGGACGAGGCCAAACGGAUGGAGAUAACCUCAGCUUCAGCAGCAGGUCAUCUCAUCAGAAUCCAGUGCUCACAAGCAGCUUCUCUGAUGACAGUGAAGAGUGGACAUGUGAUGAAGAGACGGUGUCGCCAUCUGCUGAAAAUUUGAGUCAGAACAGAGCCGUCUCUAUGCCUGACAUGUUUUACAGUAACUUAUCUGCUCAUCACACUGUGAGUGACGGCAGCACGGAGGACAUCAACACACAGAGUGAAGCUCUGCAGAAACUGGCUGUGUUUUUUCAGAACGGCCAUGAAAACCGCAUCACCACGACGGAAAAUGAACUACAUCUACCAAACGCUGAUGAUUCAAGUUUUCUUAGUACCAUGGAUGAGCCUCCAUACUUAGAGGCAGAAGACUUUCAGUUUGCAGACGUUGAUCUACUGCCGCCCCCGGCACUCUACGCCGACUCUCAGUGAGACCGCUGUUCAGUUGACCGCAGUCGCCUCUGUCAUGACUGAGAAGUUUCACCCUUGAUCGGCAGAUGGUCUUUACUAGAAAUCCAUCACUUUUGGGUUUAGUCACUGAAAAUAGUCAAAUGAGACAUAAAAGGACUUUGUGACAAUGUAUUUCUCCUGAGGAAACACUACAGUAAAUUGUGGCAUUAUGUUGGCAGUAAACUUCACUGUGAGCGAAGAGCAGGACAUGAAAGAGGACAAACCCGGGACUGAAUGAAAUGGGAAUGGCACACAGUGCUACUGUAUGUACUACUGAUAAACAAUACUAAAGUCAUCUGUACGGAUCGAAAGUGACUUGAAAUUAAUUCUGUAUGAUCUCUGUAAAAUACACCUUUGAGUUGGUUUUGUUUUCUUUGUUUUAUUGUGUCUGUAUUAUAUGGGCACUUUGGACAGUUGGUGGUUUGAUCACGUGAAUGUUGUCUGUAAUAAAUUGUUCAGUA